AGCAGGCACCGAGGCUGGAGGGUUCAGAGAAUCUGGCCAGGUGGAGGAACCGUAAGGUUAUAGGGAAACCUGGGUCUAAGGAGCCAAGAUCAAUUGUUUGGGUGCAUAUUAUGCACUGGAGUCACCAGGCGGAAAAAUGUACGUGAGUUAUCUCUUGGAGAAGGACAGCAGUAUGUACCCGAAUUCCGUAAGACACCCAAGCCUAAACCUGAACCCUCAGAAUUUUGUCCCCGCGCCUCCUCAGUACCCGGACUUCACAGGAUACCAUCACGUCCCUGGAAUUACCAACGACCCUCACCACAGCCAAACAGGAGCCUGGAAUCCCGCGUACCCGCCUCCGCGAGAGGAAUGGACACCUUAUGGACCGGGAACUGGACCUUCGACAUCAAGCACUGGUCAGCUGGGGUUCAGUCCACCAGAGUUUUCGUCUGUCCAAGCACCCGGCCUUCUUCCAUCCUCCAUAAACACAUCAGUCGGUCAGCUGUCGCCGAACUCUCAGAGACGGAACCCCUACGACUGGAUGCGUCGGAGCGCGCCGCCGACAAACUCAGGAGGGAAGACCAGAACAAAAGACAAAUACCGGGUAGUGUACACGGAUCAUCAGCGUCUGGAGCUGGAGAAAGAAUUUCAUUACAGCCGUUACAUCACAAUAAGAAGAAAGGCAGAACUGGCAACAGCACUCAGUCUGUCAGAGAGACAGGUGAAGAUCUGGUUCCAGAACCGGCGUGCUAAAGAGAGGAAAGUCAAUAAAAAGAAGAUGCAACAGCCGCAGCCGGCAUCCACAACCACACCGACCCCACCUGGUUCCGCUCUGCCAGGCAAUGUUCCAAUGGUGACAAGCAGCAGCGGUGCCCUGGUAUCCCCAUCUAUGCCAAUGACUAUCAAAGAAGAGUACUGAAGACAUGCAGACUUUGACUGUUAGCUCUUUUUAUACACUGCCCUUUCACACUUUCACACACGGAGGGUACUUUCAAAUCAACUCAUCAAUGAAAACACAACACGAAUGUGACAACCCUGACAAAGACUUUUGAAUUAAAAAGUAAUGCAGCAACAUUCUAAGUACACAUGAAUCUGAAACGCUGUGUAAUAUUCCUCUGGUUGUAUCGGUUUCUUUAUUCUAGUACUUUAUUACUGCUGUUGUUUUGCUCAUCACUGUAAACUUUAAUACGUUUUGAGAUUGUAAAAGUGAAUUCAAAUAACUGUGUAUUACUAAAGUAAUUUGUAUUAAUAAAAUAAAUGUUUUAUUGUGGCAAAUCGACUCAUUUCACACUUGCCGAGGAGUUUCCAUGCAUUUUCAUAUCUGUUAAACUGCGUCUUCCCACGGAUAUCAGAAACUGAGCUGUCAAGCAUUGAUUUGGCUUCACUGAAGGUGUUUUCAUAUAUGUUUUGCAAAGAAACAUUGAGGAAAAUGUCUUAUCUGCACUUCAUCGAAGCGCCGGAGAAAAGACGGCACUCGAGCAGGAGCUCAGGCUGUUUGCACAGUGUAACGGCAUCGCUGGAUAAGAGACGAGUGCAUGUCGAGAAACUGUGAGCUAUUUCAUUAUCAAGCACACUCUGGACUCUCUUAUCAAUGGUGUGACAGAGAAGCUCAGCUUGACGAGCAGAACAUAUCUCCUCUACGGCGUCGCCGCAACAGGACCUGUUUUAUGACCGCGUUAACAAAGCCAGGGUGUGGCGUCCAAAGGCCGAGGCGAAGGGACUGUUGAGCAAACAAUAUGCAUCUGCCUGCCUUCGCAGAGAGCGUCCAUAUGUCCAUACUGAGCCUUCGUCUUCAUCUUUGUGAACGGUUUAUUUAGGUUAGAGAAGAUAUUGUGAUCAAUAUCUUUAGCUCUUUAUGGCCACCACGUGCAUAUUAUACAGUCAGUUCAUUUGAACAAUAAUGACGAUAUAAUUAACGUGUUCAUGUACAUUAACUCGGUUUUGCAAUGUACCUCUGUGCAUAUAUGUAAACAACUUUCACAUUUUAGUAUCAAAAAUUCAAUACUGUGAUAACACCUCAAGUGAAAUCAUGAACUUGAACUUUUGUUGUCUAAUCCUACUGACACAUUGAUGUCAUUAAAUGGUUCAGGUUACAAAACCAACACAUUAUGAGUUCUCACUAUCCUGAUUGUGAAUAUGAGACAGACCUACUGACAUACAAUGUUUCUA